AGUUAAUGAGACUGAAUUAAACUUUUUUUUUUGUUCUUAGUGGCUAUUCAUGCAAAUCUCUCUGAAGUAAAGAAACAACUGCUUGGGGUUUGAGAUGAGUGAUCGCUGCUUUUCUGAAGGCUCUGCGGAGAACAGCGAUCCACACAAACCCAAGCGGCUGUUUCUUCACUCGUUUCACUCUGAAGGAUGAAGCAGCCCGAUCGACACCAGUGAACCUCGCCUGCGGAUAGCUCCGUCCGAAUAAAUCGAAUUUUCUGAUAAUCGAAUAAUCAAGUAACCCUGAAUGAUUUAGUUUUUGAUGAUCAUGAGACAGAAAUGAGCCUCAAACCCGCUUGUCAGACCUCUUUGUGCUUUAAUCAGGCGUCUUAAACAACUUCUAAAAAGCCUCCUGCGUUUGAUCGCGUGUGGCUCCGUGUUCUUUUCCUCUGACUCUUUGAAAUGAAUUGCACGUGUGAACUCUAGUUUGCAAGACUAUUUCCCCAGAUUUUCAGUUCCGGUGGUUUGAUUUCACACGCACAACAAAUCAAAACUACAGAAGCAACGGGGGAGUGGUGUUCUAAUAAAUUAUUGCUGCUGUAUGAGAGAUGACUUGUUUUGAUGUCGAACAGAUUAAAAAAAGUACCCACAAGAAGUGAAAAAGGUCGUAUUGAUAGUAAUCUGGUGUCCCAUGUUACAAAGAUCCCGUGCCAGGGGGUCGUGAGAGGAUUUGCCUGUUGUCGGAAAUUCAAGGAACAAACCCAGAAGCCGCGUUGAAAAAGGAAAACAAAACGAGGAAUGUUUUCAAAGCCAAGUUUAUGCGAUAAAAAUCGGUCCUUUCUUUCUUUGUAAAGGCAGAAUGGAAACGACUCUGUAGAAUAAAAGAAUGUCCUCCCCCACUCCUCCCUCCUCUCCCCAGAAGGUCUGCUACAGCCAGACCACCCAGACCGACGUUCUCAAGCCGUUGCUAGGCAACGCGGGGGCCCAGAACUCCGCCUCCGCUCUGAGGCGCAGGAGGCGUGUCCUGUCGAAGGAUGGGCGGAGCAACGUGCGGAUCGAUCACGUGACCGGGCGCGGCGCCCUCUACCUGAGGGACCUCUGGACCACGUUCCUGGACAUGCAGUGGCGCUACAAGCUCUUCCUGUUCUCUGCCACGUUUGCUGGGACGUGGUUUUUCUUUGGAGUUCUGUGGUAUCUGGUGGCGCUGGUCCAUGGGGACUUACUGGAAUUCGACCCUCCUUCGAACCACACCCCCUGUGUGAUGCAGGUCCAGACGCUGACCGGCGCGUUCCUCUUCUCCCUGGAGUCGCAAACCACCAUCGGCUACGGUUUCCGCUGCAUCACCGAGGAGUGCCCGGUAGCCAUCAUCCUCCUGAUCGUCCAGCUGGUCCUCACUAUGGUCCUGGAGAUAUUCAUCACCGGCACCUUCCUGGCUAAAGUGGCCCGGCCGAAAAAGCGCGGGGAGACGGUGAAGUUCAGCCAGCACGCGGUGAUCUCUGACCACGACGGCCGGCCCUGCCUCAUGAUCCGAGUCGCCAACAUGAGGAAGAGCCUCCUGAUCGGCUGUCAGGUGACCGGGAAGCUCCUCCAAACCUCCGUGACGAAAGAAGGAGAGACGGUGAGGCUGGACCAGAGGAACGUGUCCUUCAGCGUGGACACGUCCACCGACAGCCCCUUCCUCAUCCUGCCGCUCACGUUCUGUCACGUGAUCGACGACGACAGUCCCUUCCGCGCGUGGGCGGCCAAAGGAGGUGGCUGGACAGACCCGGACCUGGCUGAUUUCGAGCUGCUGGUCAUCAUGAGCGCCACGGUGGAGCCCACUAGCGCCACCUGUCAGGUCCGUACCUCCUACUUACCGGACGAGAUCCUGUGGGGCUACGCGUUCCCUCCUGUCGUGUCUUUAUCGGCCAACGGCAAAUACGUGGCCGACUUUUCCUUCUUCGACAAGGUGGCCAAGACCCAAACCCCGCCCUCUUUCAAGAAGCCGCCGCCCCCCAGCCCGAGCCCCGCCCCCCGCACUGGCCCCGCCCCCCGCUACGUCACUUCCUCCGGGAGCGACACAGACGCGGAGAAGGUGAAGCUGGAGCGGAGUUAUCGGGCGCGUUCCAGCAGUGCUGACAGAGCUCGAGGCAGAGGGAGAGAAAGAAGUCCUCUCAGCGUUAGGAUUAGUAAUGUUUGAGGGGGGUCCUGUACGAAGGAAUGCAUGUUUGAAUUCAUGAAAGGGUAAUCAGCAAGGCUUCUAAUGAGAAACGCUUCUUGACUCUCCAGAGUCCCGUUUCAUUCCUCUGUCGAUUUCAUAUAGAGAGUAUUAUGAUCUGGAAUCCACAAUAUAGUACAGCUGUGGACAGACGUUGUGCAUCACCUAGAAUUUUAUAUAUAUAUAUAUAUAUAUAUAUAUAUAUAUAUAUAUAUAUAUAUAUGAACAUAAUUUUAGAUAUUUUAUUUAACAUCAUGUAAUCUAAUAUACAAAAUGAUAGUCUACCGGAAGCCAUAAUAGUAGUACAGUCUUAUUUCAUGUUAGAUU